AUGACUAUCACUCCCAGCCAGACUCUGGCAGAGGUCUUCACGACCGCAGAACGCUACGCACUCUGGGAUGACGAUCGAAUCGCCGCGAAGAAGUCCACUGAGCAAGAAGAUCGACCGGCUAAACGGGCAGAACAAAGAGGCGACAGGCUUGGCAGUAGGGACAAAGACAAAGGCAGGUCACGCCCACUAAGAGAGGCCACGACGAAAGAGAACUACACCAAGUUCUCUAUCCCCAUACAUCAAAUUUUGGCCCAAGUGAAGAACAAACCUUGGAUAAAAAGACCACCACCCUUGAAAGGAGAUCCAGACAAGAGGGAUACCAGAAAAUAUUGUGCCUUCCAUGCGACACAUGGGCACAAUAUGAAUAAUUGCUUUGCUUGGAAAGCGCAUCUCGAAGAACUCGUGAGAGAAGGUCAUUGCACGGAGUUCAUCGCAAAGCAGGCCAUCCAGCAGAUAGAAGACCGCGAUACCGCAAAAGAGCCACCCCAUAAGGUCAUAAGGAUUAACACAAUCCUAGCCGACUCCGAGGAGUCCGGACUGACCAACAAAGAGAAGAAGAGGAAGAUCAAACAGGCUACUAUGAUCUUCCAAGUCUCAACUAACCUCUCACUGGCAGAAGACAAUCCCGUGAUCGGCUUUCAAAAGAAAGACUUAAUCGGCCUUGAUCUACCGCACAACGACGCCCUUGUCAUCAGCAUUCAAAUCGCCCAGGCCAUGGUCGGCCGAGUCCAUGCAGAUGAGGGCAGUGCAGCCAACAUCCUACAAUUGGCAGUCGUCCAACAGAUGGGCUUAGAGGCAAAGAUCAAUAAAUCAGCCAAGUCGCUGACUAGUUUCAAUGGCGCAACUACGGUUACCGUGGGCACGAUAGAUCUCGACAUCUACUCUCCACCUGUAAUCAGCUCGCAAACGUUCAUGGUCAUUGAUGAAAUCUCACCCUACAAUGGCAUUCUAGGCAGACCAUGGAUCGGCCAAAUCAACGCCAUCACCUCUGCCACACAUCAGAAGAUUCGCUACCCAAUCCCUAGGGGCGGUAUCGGCCAGAUCAACAGCGAUCAGGCAAUGGCAAGAAAAUGCUCAGCUCAAGGGCUGAAGAAAGGCAAGCAAACACAGUUCCUCCCUGUGAAUCAAGCAGAUCUAAAGGGAGUAGAACAAGCAGAGAAGGAAGCAGAUCCCGUUCCUGACGACCGAGCAGACCAGAAAGGAAAGGGAAUAGCUACUCCCCAAUAG